AUGGAACAGCAACACACUAGUGAAUCGCCAGUGAGCAGUGUUGAGUCGACGGCGAAGAGUGUCACGCCAAAGCAACCCGUUGCCAGCAUCUCUCGGGGUAAAAAGGACACUAGCAAUCCACUGAACAACCGUCCAGCAGUGGUGAACACAGUCAUCAGCAGCCCGGACAGCGCUGGGGACACAUCUCCGUCUCAGCCAGAUCCGGACACAGCAGCGGCGACACCGACGGGGGCCACGUUGGGGCCGAAAUCGGACGACAAUCUCAGCAUCAAAUCUUCCGACUCCGUCACCACCAGUGGAGAGUACGAAAUCGUCCCGGAAGCACCGUUGGACGCGCUGCUUGACGGAGCCGACGAAUCCGAUCGCGGACCAACCGCCGGAAGGUCAAAGAACGGAGCACCGUCAGACCCUGUCCGAAGUGCGGCCGACGGGGAGAGCCAGAUUGCCGAUCUUGCCGAGUGUAUUGCCGAAGACGGGCUGAAGAGGGAAGACGGAGCUGGUUUGGCAGUGACCGCAGACACACCACACUCACCCUUUCCUGGCCACCAUCUUCGGAGCAAUGCUGGAGCAGCUAAGACCGCCAUUUCACCGAUACUGAACAUCGAGGGCAACGGAAACAUGAUGGACCUGGAGAAGAACAUGAACGAAGUGAUACACGAGCUGGACGAGGAACGGACGCUGAGCGGGGCCACCGAUCCGAGCUCGUCGGACAAAGCCACUCCGGUUCGAAGUCCGGCCAAGGGCGCUGACGGCGGCCCUCCGGAACGUGCGUCGAAUAGACCGAAAGUUCCGACCUCGCUCCGCCUGAGCCUGCAAAGCAUGCGUGCAAAUGCCACUACUUCCGGUUCGGCCGAAACGACUCCGAACGCGGGCCCCAGCCUGCUGUCGCCGGAUCUGGUCGCCCGUGGCGUGGGACAGUCCGUGUUCUACGAUUGUCUCGACAGCAGUCCGCUGACGGAGAAAAAGGACGACAUGAAACCGGACACCGGCGGCGGCGGUGGUGAUGGUGGUAGCGAAACCGACGAGGAACUGUCCGACAUCGAUCAGGACUGUACCAUCUUCAGCGGUGUCACGUACCUCGGUGCGUCGCGCAUCAACGCGCCAAAGUCGGAGCGAGAGAUCCUGCAGAAGGUAUCGGAGAUGAAUGCGGGCGGCGGAAUGGUACCUUCCACCGGGGGGCCACCGCCCGCCAUCGGUGGCCAGCAUGACAGCAGCCCUCUUGGGCUUAAGGUAUCGGUGAGCGUUCCAACCUGCUCCGAGGGGCUCGUGGUGCUGUACGAUUGCGAAUCGAACGCGGUGGUGGCCACGUAUGAGGUGCAGCGGAUACUGUUCUUUGCUCGCGGCCCGGUCGGAACCAGCGACCAGGCGUGCUUCGCCUUCACCUGGUCCCACGGCGAAUCGCAGGAAACGGCCGUCCACCAGUGCCAUGUGUUCCGGUGCAAUAUCCCGGAAGCGGUCACGCAAGUUAGCACUUGCUUCGCCAAAGCCUUCCAGCGCUUCUUGCCACCGAGCGUGCCGGCGAGCAUGACCACCUCGCUGGCCGACAGCGGUCUGAACGUGAUGUUAGCAUCAGUUACGUCCGACACCGCCGGCAAUCCGAUUCAGUCGGCCAUGUACGAGUUUGCCGUUUCGCUCGAGAUCAAAGAGAAGGAACGCAACGGGUACGUCACCGUGCCACGGGACGUUCGGUCCAGCUUCCGGCUGCGGUGCAAAACUGACAAGGAAGUUUGCAUCACCGUGCGCCAGGUGCCAUCGGAGCAGUUCCCGCCGCUACUGGUCGAACGUUGUUUCGGUGUCCUGCUGAGCCCGGGGAAGAUCGUACGCCAAGCGGACAUGCAGCUGCUCGAUAUGGUCAGCAUGGGCUACGUGAAACCGGCCGACACAGCGGGUGGGGCCGGGACUACAACAGGCCCGGGAACAACUGCCAGUGGCAACGGAAGUUCCUCCACCGCAGCAGCAGCAGCAGCCUCAACGUCGGUGGCCACAAAUUUCUCACAGUUUCCCUACCAAAUAAAGGCCGAGUGGAAGGCACACGCAUUCGAGCCACUCAACACCGAGACACCGAAGAAAGCACUCACCGUGGCCGUCGAUCUGGUCAUCAAGGGUAUCCAGGAGCCGGUGCGGUUCGUAGUCGAAACGUCCGUUUCAAUCCUCUCCCAGAGCGAGCUGCGCAUCGUGCAGAAUCUGUUCACUAACAAACGUCCGCUGCUGUUGCAUUUCUACCUGACGCUACGCGAAAACGGCGAAGGCACCUGGGAGGUGGAUUCGAUUGAUCAUUCGGACGAAAUCGUCGAACCCACGGCCGCCCCAUCGUCGGUUGCAUCGUCUUCGCUGUCGCUCAACUUUAACUUUCGCAAUUGGACGUUCAAAAACUCGGCCAGCGUACAAUCGAUGCAGGAGCUGCAGGAUGAUUCCAGCCCUACCGACUACAGCUCGGACGGGGACGAACCGCUGCUGAGUGGAACGGGCGAGGUGUCGAAGAACUGUUCGGUCGCCCAGCUAGACGAGUGGCAGGGUAUCAUCCUCGAGUGGUACCAGGAUGUGCCGGAGAAGCACCCGAAAGCCCUGGCGGCACUGGUUCGCUCCGGCAUCCCCGAGGCCCUCCGCGGUACGGUGUGGCAGCGGUUGGCGUGUGUCGAGAACCGGACCGAGAUGUUCGACUCAUACCGGGUGCUCAUCACGAAGGAGACAAACUGCGAAACGGUCAUCCAGCGUGACAUCAACCGGACGUUCCCGGCGCACAAAUUCUUCAAGGAAAACGGCGGCACCGGACAGGAAAAUCUGUACAAAGUGUCGAAAGCGUACGCCGUGUACGAUACGGAGGUUGGCUACUGCCAGGGCUUAAGCUUCAUUGCGGCCAGCUUGUUGUUGCACAUGCCGGAAGAGGAAGCAUUCUGCGUGCUGGUGGCAUUGAUGUACAACUACGGUCUGCGCGAUAUGUACAAGAUGGGCUUCGAGUCGCUCUAUCUGCGGCUUUACCAGUUGAACCGUCUGAUGAAAGACCAGCUGCCCGAUCUGUACGAGCACUUUGCCCAGACCGGCGUUGAGUCGCACAUGUUCGCAAGCCAGUGGUUCCUGACGCUGUUCACCGCGCGCUUUCCGCUGUACUUUGUGUUCUACAUCCUCGAUGUGUUUCUGCUGGACGGCAUACCGGUUCUGUUCCAGGUAGCCCUGACGCUGCUGGCCGUUUGCCGGAAGGAUUUGCUUGAGCUCGAUUUUGAGGGCAUUUUAAAGUACUUCCGCGUGACGCUCCCGAAACGGUGCCGCAGCGAGACGCAGGCGAAGCGCCUGAUGAAGCUCUCGUUCGAGUGCAAAGUGAAGAAGCUGCGCAAGUACGAGCUGGAGUAUUUGGCGAAAAGGGAGGAAACGGAACGGAAGGAGCAAGAGGCCAAGCAGUACGAGCAGCGGUAUGGUGAGGAGCGUGCGAAGCUGCAGCAAGAAAUUGGUGGCUUAAACGAGAAGCUGGAGACGAUGGUGCGCGAAGAGCGCAAGAGUUCGGGCAUCAUACAGGACUACAAGCGCAUCAUCCAGCGGCAGGAAGCGGAAAAUGGCAAGCUGCACACCAUGCUCGACGAUUUGACGAAAACGGUGUCCACGUGCAGCAAGUGCUCGUCCAGCAUACCACAAUCCUCGCCACUGCACGCCAAUUAUGGCCGAAACUUGCAACAAGCAAACAGCGUCAACAACAACAAUCACGAUCAUACGCAACAUCCGGACGAUCAGACCGAUGGGCAGCAACCGAACGCUUCCACCGCGAUCGGUGGCCUUGGUCCGUUAGAUCCGCUGCUGAUAGCGACACAGCGAAUACGGGAACUGGAACUCGAGCUGGCUCAAACGAAGCUGGCGCAAGUGGAGGCGGAAUGUAAAAAUCAGGAUCUUCACCAUCAGCUGAACACAACGGUGACGGAACUGCAGGCUACGCGCAGCAGCUGGCAACCAUGGCUCUCGAAAACGCUCAACUCGAUACAGGAGAAGGUGGCCACCACCAAGCGAGAAGCGCAUGGACCAUCGUUCCACUCUUACGCGAAUGCUGAACCUUCCAGCAUAAAAAAUCUUCAUUCCUCCCAAACGACAGCUAGCGCUGCGCAUCUGCCGGCGCGCCCAAAGGCACCGUUGGCACAGCGCCACAGUCUCGCGUUUCCCGCGUCCGGCACGUCGACCACGGCCGCCGACGACGAUGAGGUGACGCGACGGGCCAAGUAUGAUAGCAGCGUCAACGUACUGUACAAGGAUGCGCGGUGCAAUAGCUUGAAGUAGGAUCGGCUCAAAGACGAUCACACAAAAGAGUCCGCAAACUCGAGUCACUCUCGUGUCAUGGGAACGAGCGCGCGCGCGUUUGGGAAACGCAAGCCACAGAUUUUAGUCCAAUCCAAGCCAAGCAUGAGCUUUAGCCUGUAAGAAGUGUACCGAAGGCACGGGAAGAAUGUUCUUGUUGUUUAGAAUGAGUAGUUGAAGGCAAAGCGGCAGAGACACAGAAAGAGAGGCAGUAGUGUGUAGUGGGGUCUCCAUUCUACGAAAACCACAUUUUUCCUUCUUAACAAUAGAGGAGUUUUCAUCUCAAUGCAUUUGCAGUUCACGUUGCGCACUGUUUUAGUUCGAAACAAUCGAAGAAUCUAUUUUCUACUCUCAUUGUUGCGUAAAAUGAGUUUAAAUACCAUGGGAAAAAUUUAUAUUCGCGAAUUGCAACGAAAAAGCGUUUAGGGCGUAUAUUUGAUAUUUCAUUUACCAAUCUCAUCGACAACAGCGUCACUGUUUUCGGAUUUCGAUACUUCGCGUAACAUGGAAUUGUUAUAGUGAAAAGUCACCUUCGAAAUGCACAGGAACACGCGUUGAAAUUUAUAACCCUCUCAAGUACUUUCAUUACCAUGUGAUUAUUUUAUAUUCUUUUUUAAACUUCCCAAAGUGCAAGGAUCUGUUAGAGAGACAUUCCUCGUGAUAGCUGCGCAGAUGAAUUAUUGUUCUGAAUUUUACAAAUUCAAUCUAUUAUCAAUAUAAGUGUUUCGUUCGUCCGUUUUUCUUCGCUAGGCUAUAUACAGCCCUGUGGUGGUUAUAUGAUUUUUCUGCACUGAAUUAAAAUUCUUAGUACAUAACCAGUUUGUUGAUGUUAGCAAAGCGGUGGCAAGCAUUUGCGUAGAAAAGAUUGACAUCAUUUUUGCUAAAUAAUUUAAGUGUUUUUCUCUCUAUAGGAAGCAAACAUGGCAGCACAUUUCAUCGCAUCUUUCGUUCACUCGUUGAGUUGCAUUAAAUUUUAGAACUGUUCGAAGGCGUGGCGUGGAACGUUCUAUUGGUUCUAUUCACCAAUGUAUGCAAGGUGUAUCUGUAUCUCAGCCCUUCGAAACAACAUCCCUCAGCUAGCGCCAUACGAUAUCGUGUAGGAUUCAAAGGGACAUAUGUUUUGUUUUUUAGUUUAUCGGUAGCCAAGCGUUUAAGAUUAGUGACUUCACACGUGCGUAGCAGUAGAACCACAAGAUGGUGCUUUGUUUCGUUUGCCCGCUUUGUAGUACGCCACUCUACGACCGCUCCGCAAAUCGCUCUCGUGGCACAGUGGCAUUGUAGUCAUUGCACAAUCCAACCACCGGUCAGUGUUUGCUUUUUUAGGGAUCCACACCAAACAAAUACUCUCUCCGCGAACGAUCAGCUCUUUGGUGCGUUCGUCGUGUCAGUCAAAGUAUUUAUAAUAAUGCAAUGGUUUCCUUUCUCCCUUCUGUAAUCGAUCGUCUCUUUAGCUUUACGCCGAAAGAGCGUAGCAAAUGGUGCUGGAAAGUUAUCUUGAAAUAUGAAUUCCGAGCAAAGCCCGAUGGCCAACGUGGAGCAAGUGGAGCGAAACAAAUUAAUGAUUCAAAGUAUAUACACACGUACCAUUCACCGUAUUUAUCAA